AUGGCUUAUCGGGUGCCCAGAAAUCGGAAAGAGAACUUCACUCCCACGAACGGCCAAUUGUCAAUUUCUUCAAGCACAAAACUCCCACCAGGUCCUUGGGCAGUCAAGAAGGAAAGACCGGCCACUAAAGAUCUACAAGGCACUGUAGAGUCUCAAGCUCAAUUAGAACAGCCUAGAUCUGAUCCGGAUCAUCAUUUUGACAACAGAUACUCAACCGAUUUCCACUACAUCGCCGAUCAGAAAGACAGAAGCGAAUCCGCAACUAUCAACAUGGAGAACGGCGAUGGUAUCAAGCGAAUCGGCGAGCUUCCCCAAAAGCUGAUUGAUCAUAUCAAUAAGCUGGGAAAAUUCGACCUUUCGCAUGUUGUCAGCCUUGCCAGGCUGAUACUUAUUGGAGACCAGAGUGCUGGAAAAUCUUCCUUGAUGUGUGCCUUAGCAGGAAUACAUGUACCUCGUGACAAGGGUUGCUGCACUAGAUGUCCUGCCAAUAUUACUACAUCACCAUCGGCGGACUGGUCAUGCACUAUCUCACUCGUACAAGAUUAUAGGUACGACGCGAAAAAAGGACAACGGGUGACAAUUAAGGAUAUCAAUAAGAAUCAACCAUUUCCACCUUGGGUAAGACAAGAGCGGGUUCAGGUCGAGUUCGCUCGACUUACGGAGAAGUUAGAACUCGCGAAUUACAUGAGAUGGGCCCAAAUCGCUCUACUCAACCAUAACCAGGAUUACAGGCAGUUUAUACCUGGCACUGGUGCAAGAGCUCUGGCAGAUAACACUGAUAUUGAGGCUAAGAUAACUCCUAAUGUUGUCAAAGUUGACAUAUUUGGACCCGAGCUCCCUGCUCUCUCAUUCUAUGAUUUGCCUGGUAUCAUUUCCAAUAUGCCAAACCCAGAAGAGAAAUAUUUGGUUGAUGUCUUCGAAAACCUUGCAAUAAAAUAUAUCAAGGAACCAAAUACUUUGAUCAUAUUUGCAAUGAGUAUGACCGUUGAUCCGGUAUUGUCGAGAGCCAAAAAGGUCAUCGAAGAUUUGGAUGCUACGAAACGUUGUGUCGGAGUAUUGACGAAGCCAGAUACUCUUGCAGAUAAAACAGGUAACGCAGACUUCGAGAACAUUCUGAGAGGAAAGGAACAUCGACUGGGAUAUGGCUGGUUAGUUGCCAGACAGCCUGGGCCAGAAUUUCGAGCGGACGAAUCGAAGUAUCAUGAAGAAGCUCGCAAAGAAGAGGAAGAGUUCUUUAGAUGUGAUCCACUGUGGAAUGGCGCCUGGUCCGAAUUUAAAAAUAAAUGUGGUACUAGUCGAAUCCAAACUGUGCUCUCUGAGCUCCUCGUGACUUCUAUUAAGGAAGACAUUCCUGAUAUCAAGAAGAAGGUUAGCGCGCAUAGAGCUAAGAUCACCGAAGAUCUUCGGAACCUUCCAGAGUUGCCCGACCAAAAUGUUCAACUUGAGGUUCAGCGACUGUUACAAAACUUCAGCCGAGAAGUGAAGGGCCUUAUGACCAGUGAGCAUACUGACACCAACUUCCAUGGGAAUUGGACCAAGCUUUCUCAAAACUUCCACAAGUUGUUGCUACACAUCAAGCCGAUGAUCAUCUGUUCGCAUCCAUCAGAUACCUACCAGAUUCCUGUCAUUAGUGUGGACGACAGUGAUGACGAGGAACCAGGAACUGUCCCUGCCCCUGAUACAUCUGGUAAGAAGCGCAAAUACCCAAAUAUCACUAAAGAUCAAUCCUUUGAGCAAGAUGGGAGGAACUCAGAAAAUGUGACCCCCGUUUCUAAACUAAGAUUCAAAUCAGAAGCACCGAGUCCAAGAACUCCCAGACCAAUUCGCAAUGCUAGAAAUUUACCAAAUAAGUUCAAAGGCACUGUUUUCGAAAGGCAUGCUGAGCUUGGCAAAGGUUUCGCAUCCAUUGGCGAUAUUCAGAAAGAGAUGUUGAAUAGCAGCCUAGGUCUGCCAAAAAUAGUAGACCCGAGAAUUCACCAGGCUUAUUGUAGAAAGGCCGUGAGUGUGUGGAAAGAUCCUUACACAGAUUUACUUUUUGCUGCGACGAAGCUGCUCCGUUCUGCUGUUCACACUGUUGUGGAGAGAAAUCUAGGCAUAUACCAGCAAACCAUUUUGUACAAGGAUUCGAAGAUAUUAGUUGAUAGGUGGAUUGAUGAUCUCUGUAAGCAGCAACUUUCUGCAAUUGAGAAUCUAUAUCAGACCGAAAUCUAUCGCCCGUUCACCUUGCUUGGAGAUGCUAUCAACGAAAGCAAGAAAGUUGAGCUACAGAAGCUCCAGCAAGGCCGCCACAAGCAUCGUGCUAGCUGUCUGGUUGAUAAACAGUUGAGUCUUGGCCUCAAGAAGAUAAAAGCUGAAAAGCAAUCUCCUGAAUACAUUAAUGCGAGACAAGCACUUGUGGAAGCUGUUAAGAAUGAAGAUUUAGAUAGAGAUCCUUUCGAAGUGCAACUUGAUGUUGCGGCCUAUGUCCGUGGCUAUUAUGUUGUUGCCGCCAACAGAUUUGCGGAUAGUGUUUGUAUCAGCAUAAAUAAUUGUUACUUUCGCAAUGUAGUGGAACAGGUUGAGAACUACCUCGAAAUGCAUCUUGGUACAAAUGAUCCUAGCAACGGAAAGCAAAAAAGUCAAGACCUAAUGCAGGAAGACAACAAAGUGGCUGAAGAACGUCGUCGACUACAGAGGGAGGUCAAAAACCUUGCAGACUUCGAGACGCAAUUCAUGAAACUUGUUGCGGACUGUAAUGGCCGUGAAGUUGCUGAGUAUAGUGAUCCACGUCUUACAUCCCCAGAAGAAGCUAAUCGUUCAGAAACCCCAGAGAAUGAGCAACCCAGAUAUCGCGGACAAAGCCCUGUUGAGGAUAUGAUGAACCGACGCGCUGGUGUUUACGACUAUGAUGAUGAGAUGCGACAAGCGCAGAAUAGAGGCAGACAUUACGUCAAUGAUUCACUAGAGAUUGACGAAGUUUGA